UCGUACCCCACGCAAACCUGUUUUACGAUGAAGAUCCGCGUAGUGGUACUUUCCAUUUUAAUUUUUCUGACCUCAUGUAAAAAGUUACCAUCCAAUUUUAAGUUAUGCGAUCACUUUGGUCCCAAUCUCAACGAAUGCCUAACCGACGCCGUUACGAGUGCAGUGCAUCAGAUGAAGAACGGGCUUCCUGAAAUUGACGCGCCGCCUCUGGACCCUUUGCAAAUUUCAAGUGCUGCCGUGGAGAAGGGGGGCCUCCACAUCCACUUUUUCGACAUUCACGUUUACAAUAUCACUGACUCACUUGUGCACCAUGUCAACGCAACUAUAACAUCGAGUCGGAUACACAUGACGAUGUUGGCGAGUGCAGAAGAAAUACUCACGACUAUGGACUACAAUAUUAAGGGAAGCUUGCUAGUAUUCACUUUAAACGGUGGAGACAAGGCUGUUAUCAGAUUCAAGAACGUUACGUUUGAUCUAGAACUAGAUGGAGACGUUGUCGAAAAAAAUGGAGAGCAGCGUUUCAGGAUCAAUACGUUCACAGCAAAAUUAGAUCCAGCUCUGGUCACGUACGAUAUGCAAGACAUCUUUCAAGGCCAAAAAGAACUGACCGACGUGUUCAAUAGGGCUCUAAACGAAAAUUGGCACGUGUUCUUUUACGAAACUCAGCCUGAAUUUGAAGAAAUUCUAAGUCAAUUUCUUGUACAGUACGCGAAUAACGUUUUUAAGUAUGUGCCGAUAGAAAAACCUAACUAAUAAUAGGCAUCGUUCAUUUUGUUAUGCGGUCUCGAAAAUCGAAAAGUGCAUACCCAAUAUAGGUACCCUAUUCAAAAACACGGUGCACUGUAUGGUUCUCGAAAAGGAUUCAAUUUUAAGAACUUUUUAAGGGUAGCUUCCAAACGACACAUGCGAUUCCCUGUUUAUUUAAGUAACAUUAUUGUUUUGGAACAACUCAAAUGUAACACCUUGUGUGCUAGUAUAAAGUAUAUAUACUGUGAAUGUAGGUAAAGUUUUAUUUGAAAAUAAAAAUCGGUAGAUUGAAAACCCUAAGCAAUCUACUGUGAAAACAACGUCAGGUGGCCGUGAUAUAAUACCGAAGAUAAUACCGGGUCACCCUGUAUAUGCGAAUGCUUUAAUAUAAUUUAAAUAUGCAGGAUUUCAUUACGAAUAAGCACAGAAUUGGUUUAUUUCAUUGGAAUUUGUUACUUUAUUGUCUAUUUUACAAUUGUUUUUAAUUGCACAAUUAAAAUGUAAAUUUUUUAUUUAAAUUGUAAAUGUGUAAAUUGGUGCAUUUAAUAGCUACCAGUUUGUGUACGAUAAGGACGUUGUUAUUACGAAAAUUAAUGGACGCAUGUGUGUUUGGCACCUAUAACAAAGGAUGUGGUACGAUUUCUUUUGAAGGUAAUUUUGUUAUGGAAGAGGGGACAUAGCAAGCGUUCUGUAUUGGUGUUACAUUUGAAAUUGGCGGAAGUAGGGGUAUGAUGGUAUAGUGGAAGUGGCGUUUUUUUUAAAUAGGAAAAAU